GUUUUAAUCCAAGGUAGCCGCACUAGGUCUUUAGCUAAGUCACUUGGCCAGCUAAUGAUAAGAAUUGCUGUACAACGAAGAGUAUAAUAAAUAGAUUCUUGGUGACAUGGUAUCCUAGUCCAUGCCACUCACCACCGGUGAAUGUUAUCGCGAUAUUAUAUUCUAUCGUGUCAGCUCUUUUUACUGAUUGCGCCAACGUCAUUACAAGGGUUGGUUACUAUAUUCCUUCGAAGUCUGGAAUAUGUUGGACCGGAUAGAAGCGGUAAUGCCCAAUGCCAAUAUCGUCGGGUUAAGACUUAUUACGGGCCUAAGAGCCUAGACUCUAGGAUGAGGCUUUCUUGCAGCCCGUUUCUAGAACGGCCGAUUACCCCCUGAGAUUGUUAUGCUACCUUUGUAAAUAAAUGCCUUUCCAC